GUUUGCCAUGGAGUCAGUGGCCAGAGCUUAUUAUGGUAAAGCGACUUCUUUAAAUUUGAAUUCCAAAAAACUAAAGGACGUCCCCGGGUGUGUUUCCCGAUUAUCAAACCUGUCAGUGCUGCUGCUGAACAACAACUCCAUCAGCGCCCUGCCUGCCGAGCUGCUCUCUUUACAACGCCUGGUUAAGCUCAAUUUGGGAAAUAAUGCCUUGAAGGAGGUCCCUGCUGUUUUGGGCCAUCUGGAGUCCUUGAAGAAACUGUAUCUGUUCAGCAACCAAAUUACAGUAGUGCCACCUGAUGUCAUAGAUGGUUUACACAACCUUGUUGUGCUCAAUCUGAACCACAACCAGAUUCAAAGACUUCCACCUGAGAUUAAAAGCUUGAGACGGCUUCAACAUCUCAGUGUGCUGGACAAUCAGUUGGAGGAGGUCCCUGCUGAGUUGGGUCAUCUCACUAUGUUGUCUGAGUUAAACUUGACAUCCAAUAAUUUGUCCUGGCUACCUCAGCAGCUGUACCAGUGUAAAGAACUAACCAGGUUAUAUGUAGCCAGAAACAAGCUGACCAGCCUACCAGAGGGAAUUGGGGCACUGGCAAAACUCCAGGUUCUAGAUGUGGCUGGGAACAAGAUGUCUAUGUUCCCCAUUGAGUUUCACCUGCUGCCCCUGAAGGAGCUCUACUAUGAAGGCAACAGGUUUGUGCGCUGUGAGCCGAUAUCGUCAGUGCAGGAUGUGGAGGUGCUUACAUUAAAGGAACUGGUUGCCAGAUUUGUCUUGCAGGAGAACAGGAACAGGUCGUCUCUGGUCCACAGGAUGCUUCACCACUACCCACUCCUGACCACCCUGUUGGCCAGUGGCAGCUGUUGUGCGCUCUGCCUGGGUCCCUUCCUCACCACCUGGCUGGAGUGUGUGCAUUUUGUCAAUCUGAAGAAGGACAUGAAAACGAGGAGUUCGCUGACUAUUCCAGUGCGCGCCCUUCUUUGUUCGUACAAGUGCUUUAAUACAGAUGGACACUCCUACUAUGGUAUUGCUGCAAGAUAAAUACAAGUUCAGUAAUAAUAGCUACUAUCUAUCUCAAUCACAAUGGACACAUAUCUAUUAAUACACACAUUUAACAAUAAACCUCACCAAGACAGUGCAUUUCUGGCAGUAGUUAGAUGUGCUAAAGUAUAUUAAUAUGGUGCUAUGAUUUCCAGUAUAUGAGUUUUUUGUCCUUCAAACAUCUCACAGAUGCCGUUUGACUCCGUGGUCACUAGGUGGCAUCAAAAGAACACUGAAAAAUGUUUUAAUAAUGAUAGCAUGUCGAGUAUAUUUAUGCUGUGUGCCAAGCAUAGCUUUCAUAAAAUUCCUAAUAAUAAAAUCUGUAUAAUAGGUCUGUACAUGGUGACUUUGCUUACUACUGUGUACUACUUAUACAAAACCUUUGUCCUUGAAUGGCUCAACCAUUACAGUUAAGUUUAAUUUUAAACUAUAGUAUUUUGUGUUACAUUAUACAAUUACAGAAUGAUCAUG